CGAGCAGCCCAACCCAUCUAAAAGGCUUAACUGAUCACUGGUUUCUGCUGUUGGUGUUCAAUUUACUUAUCUAAACUAUUGACUUGUGAGUUAGUUCUUUUGGUGUUCUUCUUUCGAUAGAUAUCUAUGAAGAACAGUUUGUUAUGAUAUAACGAGUUCACAAUAAAACUGAUAAAGUCAUUUCUACAAUUAGUAAUAGUAUUUUUUGAAUUUAAUUAUUAAAUUGAUUUAAUUCAGCAGACAUGUCGGGUAAAGAUAAAUUACCAAUAUUUCCAUCUCGUGGAGCUCAGACUUUAAUGAAGGGACGUCUUAAAGGAGCACAAAAAGGGCAUAGUCUGUUGAAAAAAAAAGCUGAUGCACUUCAAAUGAGAUUUCGAUUAAUAUUGAGCAAAAUUAUUCAAACCAAAACACUUAUGGGUGAAGUCAUGAAAGAAGCUGCAUUUUCUUUAGCUGAAGCAAAGUUCACUACUGGCGACUUUAAUCAAGUUGUUCUACAAAAUGUAACAAAAGCUCAAAUCAAAAUUCGUACAAAAAAAGAUAAUGUAGCUGGUGUGACUUUGCCUGUUUUUGAAAGCUACCAAGAUGGAACAGAUACAUAUGAACUUGCUGGUUUAGCUCGAGGUGGUCAACAAUUAGCAAAGUUAAAAAAAAAUUAUCAAACUGCUAUUAAAUUAUUAGUUGAAUUGGCCUCCUUGCAGACAUCUUUUGUUACUCUAGAUGAUGUUAUAAAAAUAACAAAUAGAAGAGUGAAUGCUAUUGAACACGUUAUUAUACCCAGAAUUGAAAAGACAUUGGCUUAUAUCAUUUCAGAGCUUGAUGAAUUAGAAAGAGAAGAAUUUUAUAGGUUAAAAAAAAUUCAAGAUAAGAAGAAGAUUGCAAAUAAGAAAAAAGAAAUACUUAAACAAGAACUUAGAGAUGCAGAAGAAAAUGUUGGAAACAUGUUAGAUGAAGGAGAUGAAGAUUUAUUGUUUUAAAUAAUUUUUAUUUUUAUGUUAUUACAUCAAAUUAAUUUAUAAAAUAGAUUUUAGGAAUUUAUUAUACUGAGAUUCCUGAGAAAUAAAAUAUACAAUAUGAAUUUUUCAAGAACUUUUA